ACCCCGCCAUAUUUCUCAGCAAAAUCUUGCUUCCUCCCUCGAAUUUUACAUCUCCACUCUCCAAAUCUGAUCCGUUGUUCACUCAAAAUUUCUUCGGCUAGUUUGAUCCUGGUUUCUGCGAUUUUGAAACAAAAGCUUGAAUCGAUCCUUUCCAGUUUUCAGCGACACGAAUCGAUUCAUUUCGGGUACUAAAUCACCAGGUGACAGCGAAUUUGUCUUCCCAGAGACGGAAUGCAAAGCCAAAGCGUAAUGAUUCUGUGGUUCCUCUGUGGCAACAACCGUUGCCCUGGAAGUGUUCAAGAAAGUAACUUGGGGGAGCUUGAAAAAUCAUCUCCCCCAAGUUACUUGACUGAUUUUGGUGUCACUAAAGGCUAUUUUAUUUUACUUUUGGGUGCAACCAUUUAAUCUGAUUUUUCUGCACUAUAUGAGCACUGUUAGUUGCUGUUUUGGUGCUCUCAUCUUGCCCUGUUCUUGCACAUGAAUUAUGCCAUGUUUCAUCAUGUUUUAUUUACUGAAAAUAUGCCAUGAACCAUGUAUUUUUCUGCACUCUUCCUACACAGUUUUGUGACUCUAAUAUGCUGAUUUUUGCCUCUAGAACUUGAAAGCUACACAGAAUGCUGCUAUGGAAUUUUGAUUAUUUUCCCCUUUAUUGUACAUUUGUUUUGGACACUAACUUGCAGUCCAUUUUUCCUCAUUGGUACAAAAUUAUGCACUGUUUUUAACUUAAAACUUCACCAUUUUGGACUGUGUUGCUUUCAUUUUUUCUCAUGUGCAAGAUGGAUGUUUUUCUGAUGCCUAAUGUCUAUUACUAUUCUGACUCUUUCUGCUUGAUUAGAAUUUAGUGAUAAUUCUUGAUUGUGAAAGGAAGAGUAAUCAGAAAUGUUCAAAACGUGUUUAGGAAUGCUUAAGUGAAGGAACUAGACAAGUUAUUAUUUCAAGCAUUUUUAUUUUCCAGUUACUGCUUUAAUUCUUGUUUUAAUGAUGGGCAUUUUUUCAUGAUAAUUGUGCCUUAAUUAUAAAUUGUCACCUAAAGAAAGGAUUAAUGAUAUCUUGUUUGUAAUCAUCAGUAUGAUAUGAAGAUCACUACCAAGUGAUCUUGUACCACAGGGACCGCAUUGAACACUAGGGAAAUUAAUAGGACUUGCUAUUUACGUUGCGCAGAAAAAAAAGUAGGACUACUUAAAUUAGCAAAAUUUCUUACACAACAAUACUGACAACUUUGAUUUCAAGCCCAACGGUGUGUUUUGGAGAAAUUCAUUUUUUUUUUAAAAGAUCAGCUUUUAACUUUUUCAUUGUCCAGAAUUUAUUUCCAUCAAGACUCAUUUUCUAAAGGGUUUCCCAACAUUGUAACAUCAUAGAACUAGUAGUAUAAUAAUUAAAUAUAGGAGUAAUCUUCAU